AUGUCCUGGGAGCAAUCGACCUUUAGCUUUUCACCCAGAUCCAGAGGGUGCUAUCUCGUUACUGAAGAGGUUUUGAAGAAUUUGCCUCAAAUCAAGUCUUACAAGGUUGGCAUGGUUAACUUGUUUCUCCAACACACAAGUGCAGCUCUCACGUUGAACGAGAAUUGGGACCCAGAUGUGAGAACUGACAUGACUACAGCUGUUAACCGAAUUGUUCCUGAGGAUGCCGAGUAUAUCCACACCGACGAGGGAUCUGACGACAUGCCUGGUCAUGUGAAGUCUUCUUGUAAGUUUAUGUCGCAGUACAUUUCGAAGCCGUAA